AAUGCUGCAAAUUCUACCGACUUCCGAGGAAUUAUCAUGUAUGUUUGGAAUGCAGAAACUGGUGUGCUCGAGCAGUCGAUAGGGGUGUACUCCGCCGGAUAUCAUAAUGGUUCAUACGGAAAUCAAUGCGCGGUCAUCGAGGAUACACACAGUUUUGAAAGAAAGAUCACGGGUGUUCCAAAUGGUAGGAUUGUUGGCCUAGCAUUCAGAGCGAGGCUGACACUUAAACCAGAGGUCAACUACGCCAUGUUCUACAACGGUAUGGAAUCAUUCGCAUUCGGAAAGGUCACAGGAAUCAGUAAUGUACGAAACAUGGCCGGAAAUGACGCGUAUGUCCUCAUAACCAAGAAAGGCGAUUACAAUUCAACAAAAGAGUGGCUGAUGCAAACGGAAGGAAACCAACAAGGGAAGAUGGCUGAAAUUUAUCACCAUGACAACGGUAUAACAUUCACCGUUGGUAGCCAUGUCAACACAAGUGCCCAUGUCAACAGUUUUACAUAUGCAAAAAGUGAAGAAGAUCAAGAACUGCUGAUGAAUUCUGAUUUUGAGGAUUCGUCAUUUUCCGGAAACUGGUUUUGUUCCGGAUGCACGCUGACGUCAUACAGCAACGAUACGUUUCACGGAAGUCGAUCUCUGCUGGUCACGGAUAGAAAACACCCGUACUCGGCCCCUCAGCAGAGAGUCAAUGUGACCUCGGGGUACAACUACGUCUUCAGGACCUACUUCAAACUGCUGAACCUCCCGACAGGGGUCAACUACACCACGCUCAAACUGACGGCCAAUGUCAAGGUCAAUGGGUCUUCCAAAUACCUCAGACUUGGAAACAUGCCUCUACAGCAAGUCAAGUUUGGAUGGACGGAGUUCGGUGGCGAUUUCCUCGCACCUGCCGGAGCGACAACGGCACAAAUUUACAUUAACAUCGAACAUUCCUCAGUAAAUUUUAUCCAAGAUUUUGCAAGUUUGAAACAAAUAAAACCAAAUCCUUAUUGGAUGCAGCACGCAAAGUCCCGGAUAAAUAAUAUUCGAAAAGCGCCAAUUAGUUUCAGAAUUGAAGGAGAAGAUAUUCAAGAAGUUGAAGUUGAGCUUAUGCAACAAAGAAGUGCGUAUCCAUUUGGAACCGCCAUUAAACUGGAUAAGUUCAACAUCCCAGAAUACCAGUUCUUCACUGACUUCGUGCUGAAACAUUUCAACUGGGCGGUCAUUGCCAACAAGCUAAAAUGGUACGGGAUAGAGAGAAUUCAGGAUAAGAGCGACUAUACCUCAGUCCUUGCAGCGUUAGAUGUUCUUGAAGCCAAUGGAAUUAAGUCUCGAGGACACAACAUGUUUUGGGGCGUUGAGAAGUUUGUGAACUCCUGGUUGUAUGGAAUGUCUCCAUCAGAACUGGUCACUGAACUCCAGUCUCACGUGACCGAGGUGAUCAAUAACACCAAGGGCAGACUCCUUCACUGGGAUGUGAACAACGAAAACCUUCACGGAGACUGGUAUGAACGCAAUACCACAGAUCCGGACAUUACUCCCAAGAUGUUCCAAUGGAUCCAUGCCCAGGAACCGGACACCCAGCUGUUUCUGAACGACUACUCAGCAAUCCCACAGCCCUCCAUCACAACAGCGUUGAAGAACCAGGCUGUAAGGUUCCGCCAAAACAACAUCCCUAUCCAUGGAAUAGGAGUACAGAGUCAUUUCUACACAACACACAUCGACAUGGACGUUAUUAAGUACAGAAUAGAUAAGCUUGCAGAAGCUGGUCUUGAUAUCUGGGCAACAGAACUGACGGUUGAUGAAGCUGAUGACGUCAAGAAAGCCGACGCUUUGGGGAAUCUCCUGACCAUGUAUUUCAGUCACCCCUCAGUGGGCGGGGUUAUACUGUGGCACUUUUGGAACGAAUCCCUCUGGCACCCCAAUGAGAAUUUGUUUGAUGGUCCAGAUAUCAAGCCAAACGCUGCCGGUCAGAGGUUCAUGGAUCUUGUUCAUGGGGAAUGGAGGUCCAGAAUCACUAAGAGUUUGGAAGCGUUCACAACGUAUAACGUCACGGUAUUCAAGGGGGACUACGUCAUGAACGUCAAACGUAACGGUCAAGUGGUCCUACAGCGUAACUUUACGUUGGACUCCACAGGAAAGGACAUCACAAUUUAUGCAGAUGAUUCCCAGUCAAUAUCGAAUGUAGUUAUGGAACAGUGGUAUUCUUAUGGAGGGCAGUGUGUUGACUCGGCAAGCACGCGUGUUUCUGUCAUGUUACAGAGCGUGUUGAUGUACAUCUGUAUCAUCUCGGUCUCAGUAUUCCUGUCUGUGGAAGGUUGACUCCUAUAGUGAGAUCGCUUUUGUUAUUAACACCAACUGAUACCUAUUGUGUUCAGAAUGUCACCCUACACCACAUACACCUUUACAGGUUUUAAAUGGACAUCUGUAAUUUUUCAAUUUUUCCUUUAAAAAAGUUAUUCUAGUAAAUUAAGUUCUGAUUUUUUUGUUUUCUAUUUUGUUCAUAUAUCAAAAAUUUGUUUUGGAGUUAUGCUCCGGCCAAGUUUAAAUUUCAUUUGUUCGCUCUAUCAGAUUUCCAAUAUCACUAAUAUGUAUCAUAAGCGUUUAUUUCACUUCGAAAUGGUAUGAGAUUUCUUAAGAAACUGAGGUUUAUUUUAUUACAAAUUUGCCUUUAUGAUCAUUCUGAACUGUAAUCACUUUAAAAAGAAUAAAGAUAAAUAAAUUACUGUAAGUUGUAUUUUUUACGGACUACUUCUUUUAGCGCAGUUAUACAAGUAGUUGUUUGGCUGUAGUAUAUAUAGAACCGAUCAGGUAUAGACAGGUCAUCGAAGAGCAUUCAACCCUUUCGAACACGAUUUUUUGUGUUUGUUUAUAGAUACAUGUGCGAAUGAUGAAGUAUUAUACUUGAUAUGUAUUUAUAUAUAAAAUUUACAUUGUAUUUUGUAGAUAUAUUUGGAUAUAUACAAUUAUUGGGCCUAAUUCCAGUUCAUCGCUAUUAAAGUCGCGUGCUGAUUGUAUAUUACGGCGAAUAAACUGGUUGAUAGCUCACUCACUCUAACACCUGUGUUGUUGUUAUUUAUAAAAUACUUAGAAUAGAAAUACUUUAU